AUGGCUCUCCUGAAAAGUGUAUCGGGUUCCAUAUUUGUGGAUAUUCUAGUGCUGGCUGUUGCUCUGUUCGCUUUUACCAGCUAUCGGUCCUAUAAUCGGCUCAAGCAUAUCCCUGGGCCGCCGCUAUGGGGAUGGACGGUCUUGCCUUUGUUUAUGGUACAUUUGAGAGGAGAAAUUUACGACGUCUUUGGAGAUUUGAACAAGAAAUAUGGCCCGCUCGUACGGAUUGCGCCGAACACGCUUCUUGUGUCUGAUCCAGAGGAGCUUCGCAAGAUGUCUGCUGCGAGAUCGCCGUAUACCCGUUCGCCUUGGUACGUGGCCAUGCGAGUGAUUCCGGGGGUCGAGAACGUCUUGUCGACCAGAGAUGAGAAUGACCACGAUGAGCGGCGAAAGAAGAUGGCUUCCGGGUAUUCUGGAAAGGAAAACGUUUCUUUGGAAAGGGAUAUCGACGAGUGUGUGCUGGAUCUCGUCAGCCUGAUCGACUCCAAGUAUAUCAGUAGCCCGCCGGACAACAUCAAGAAGAUGGAUCUGGCCAGGAAAGUGCAGUUCUUCACCAGCGACAUCAUGAGCAAACUAGCGUUCGACGACAAGUUCCACGAUCUGAGAGACGACCACGACAAUCAUGGCUACAUCAACGAGAUCGAGACGAUGUUUCCGAAUAUGUUCUGCGUGUGCACUGUCCCCAGCCUUCUAUAUUUCUUGACCAACAUUGGCGUCGCGAAACUUCUGGCUCCUUCUGUAAAAGACAGUUUUGGCCUUGGAAAGAUAUUGGCCAUUACCAAGAAGCAAGUUGCAAAGCGGUUCGAUUCGGACGGUAAGCCUAACACCACACGGAGUGACAUGCUUUCGAGCUUCCUGCGACAUGGCCUCACGCAAGGCGAGGCUGAGCAAGAAGGUGUCUUGCAACUUGCAGCUGGAUCUGACACCACCGCUACUGGGCUGAGAUCGACACUGCUUUGCAUAAUAUCGAAUCCACGGGUCAGUGCGAGGCUGUCGGCCGAAAUCGAGGACGCCGUCAGAUCAGGCAAAGCUACGUCCUCCAAAGACGGCAUCAUCACAGAUGAACAAGCUAGGAUUCUGCCAUACCUUCAAGCUUGCAUCAAAGAAGGCCUGAGGUGGUUCCCUCCGAUCGCUGGUAUGCUUGCGAAGUAUACACCUCCAGAAGGCGACACCAUCUGUGGAUUUCACGUCCCAGGCAAUGUCUCCAUCGGAUACUCCGCCAGCGCCGUCCACCACUCGCCAGCUCUGUUUGGUCCAGACGAGGAAGCCUUUCGCCCGGAACGUUGGCUAACGCCUGCGCAAGGCGGCGAUGAGCCUUCAGUCGAGAAGAUCCGAGCGAUGGAGAAGAACAACGAACUGCUGUUCGGGUAUGGCAAAUACCAGUGCUUGGGGAAGAGCGUUGCGGCGAUUGAGUUGAACAAGGUUGUGUUUGAAAUGAUGAGGAGAUUCGAUAUGACACUGAAGGAUUUGUGGGUGACUGCGAGGCGUCGCGAGGAGAUCAAGGGAUGA